AUCAAACACUGGACAACAAAACGUUCGCGUAGCGUGUAGCAUAGUUUUAUUUUUGGAGCUAAAACAGACUAGCUGUUCAGACAUGCUGAAAUUUAUUUGCGUCAUUACGUGUGCGGUUGCAGCUGUUACGGCUUACCGGGUGCACCAUCAACAGCACGAAGAGCAACAACAUCAUCCAGAACUGGAGAGCCACCAUAAAGUGGAGCACCAUCACGAGGAGCAUGGAUACGAAGUGCCGCACGAUUAUUUUGCCCACGCCAAGUACAAGUUUGACUACGGUGUCCAGGAUCCACACACCGGUGACCACAAGACACACUGGGAGGAACGGGAUGGAGAUGUCGUGAGAGGUGCUUACACAAUUUUCGACUCCGACGGGAGCACUCGCAUCGUAGAGUACACCGCCGAUCCGUUGCACGGGUUUAAUGCUGUCGUGAAAAAGAUUCAGCAUGAACCGCUAUUGCAUCACGAACCGGAAGUGAAGCACCAUGCCCACCAUCACCACCUCGAGCACGAGCACACACAUCACGAGUAGUGCCGGGCGGAAGUAAAGUUUUUAUUUACUCAUCAAAAGACUUGAUAGAA